AUGGCGGAGGCGAAUGAGACUCUGGUGCUUGCUAAGGAAAGAACUCGCCGCAAAGAUAUUUUUCACCACUUUCAAGUUUACAAUGGUGGUUGGAAUAUCAGCAAUGACGGUUAUAUUUCGUCAGUUCUUUCUACAGCAGUUCCUUUCUUUGCAGUGGCUGUAGCUUGGUUUGUGAUUUUUGGACUAUUUUUACUUAUCAUGUGUUCGUGUUACUGCUGUUGUAGCGGAGAGCCAAGUGACUAUUCUAAACCAGUCCUUGUUUUUUCCUUGAUCUUCCUUAUCCUUUGCACCAUUGCAGCAAUAGGUGGAUGCAUUGUCCUGUACAGUGGUCAAGGGGAACUCGGUGAAAGCACCUCGAAAACACUUGAUUACAUUGUGAGUCAGGCUCAAUUCGUAGCUGAAAACCUUAAGAACGCGUCAAGUUAUUUUGAUUCAGCUAAGAAGCUUAUAAAUGGAGUUACUCUGCCACUGGAUCUUGGAAAGGACAUUGAUCAUGUCAAAUCGAAAAUCACCACUGCUGCUGAUGAUCUCUCCAAGAAGACUGAAGAUAAUUCAACGGUGAUACACCAAGGCAUAGAUGGAAUGAGACUGGCUCUUAUUGUUGUCGCUGCUGUUAUGCUCUUCGUUGCAUUUCUCGGAUUCUGUAUGUUUGUUUUCUUGCUCUUAUUGCUUUCCGUACUUGGGUUGGAGUAUCUUGUAUACUUUUUGGUAGUUAUUGGAUGGAUUCUUGUUGCCAGCACCUUUAUACUUUGUGGUGUAUUUCUUUUUGUUCAUAACGCUAUGGGCGAUGCAUGCGUUGCCAUGGAUGAGUGGGUUCUGAACCCUACUGCUCAUACAGCCUUGGAUGAAAUUCUUCCAUGCGUGGAGAAUGCAACUGCAACAGAAACCUUUUCACAAAGCAAGGCUGUGACACAUAAGAUUGUUGAAUCAUUUGACGGAAUCAUUUCCGCUGUCACAAAUGGAAACACCGUCCAUUACAAUCAAUCAGGUCCCCUUGUGCCUCUUCUCUGCGAUCCAUUUAGUAGUGACUUCACAGUUCGACAGUGUGCAGCUGGGGAAGUUACAUUGGAAAACGCUACUGAGGUGUGGAAGAAUUAUAUUUGUCAAGUUUCUUCAUCUGGCCGAUGUACGAGUCGUGGCCGUUUGACCCCCACCAUAUACACUGAACUAGCAGAUGCAGUGAAUGUAACCUAUGGUUUAUUUCAUCAUUAUGGCCCAUUUUUCAUUGAUUUAGUAGACUGCACUUUUGUCCGGAAAACAUUCGCAGACAUUAGCAGCAAUUAUUGCCCUGGUCUGCGGAAAUAUACUAAAUGGAUUUAUUUUGGAUCACUUGUGGUUUCUGUAGCUGUAAUGCUCUCUUUGAUAUUUUGUAUUGUCUAUGUAAGAGAGUGGCGGCAUCGUCUUCAUGCCAUGUUGUCCUUGCCCAUGUUAAUGUAA